AUGGGUUUUCUUCACGUUUCUGUGGCUGUGCUCAGUCUUCUGUGUGUGGGACACACAGCUCCUCUAACCGACUGUGACAGUCUGGUCCAACCUCUGGAAAUCCAAGGACCGGAGCAGUUGCUGGGGAAGUGGAUGCGUGUAGCAGUGAGCUCAAACAACAAGAAAUUGGAGAUGGCGGAAAAGAAUUUUCAGGACAGCGCCUGGAUGAAACUAACCGCUGAUAACGAGAGUGAUGUCAUCACUCUAACAACAGCAGUAAAAAUGUUUGGAAUUUGUCUCACAUCUACAACUAAGCUGACAGUAAGAAACAACACAUUACUGCCGGUAACUACCGAGACCCUGAACGCAGGGCCUCUUGACAAGUCUGCUCAAAUGACCCUGCUGAAGACUGGCUGUUCUGAUUGUCUGCUGUUCCACUCAGAAAUCAACUUUCUUGGAAGGGAAAUUGGAGUACUAAUCUUAAUGAGUAAGAGACAAAAUGUGACUGCUGCAGAGAUGGAAGAGUUACAGAAGCAGGCAGCAUGUCUAAACUUACGGCAGCCGUUGAGCCUGAACUUUGACAAAGGUAUUUGCCCAGAGCCUCUUUCUCCAGAACUGGAUCCCGAAGAGCAACUUAAAUCCAUGGCAGAGAUGUAUAAGCUUGUAAGACAGGAAGAAUUUAUCAAAAUGAUGACUGAGUUUAAUCAAAUGAAUGACUAACUGUACAGGAACUGUGAGAAUUCAGUCAAUAAAGAUUACUGAAUCAAUU